GCAAAACGUUGCGGCUGAUUGUCCGAGCUUGACUGAUGGCGACAACUACACACAAUCAGAGUUCCUAUCCCGGCUGGCCAACCAGUGCCGCUAUGAUCGACUGCUGCUGCCUACCUACACCACUGGUGACGUAGUGUAUGUGCAUGCUAGCGCCUACGUCUACUUCAUACAGCCCGCCGAGGCUCAUGACUUGAACUUCAAACUUCAUUUUCUGCUUCAACUUCGAUGGACCGAUCCACGGUUAGCGUACAAAUUAUUCUCACCGGACAGGUUAAAGAUUAUCGGUGAAAGUGAUUUAAGAGAAAGGAUAUGGGUUCCACAUCUAUACAUGUCCAACGAACAGUCCUCGAGUUUGAUGGGUACGGACAGCAAAGACGUGCUGAUAUCGAUAUCACCCACCGGCGAGGUGCUGUUCAGCAGACGCAUGCAAGCUGUACUCUACUGCUGGAUGAAUUUACAAAAGUUUCCGUUCGACGAUCAAACGUGCUCAAUGAAUUUGGAGAGCUGGAAAUACAAUGCAUCCAUCUUAAGGCUAAUGUGGGAAAAAGACAGCCCAGUCCGGUUAUCGUCGGAGUUACACCUAACGGAAUAUUCUCUAUUGGAUUUUUGGACGAAUGAGUCAGUUGUUCGUGGGGAUAUUGUCAACAUGCGUCUUGGCGAAGGAAGAUCCGGAAACUAUAGUGCCUUAAAAUUCACGUUCAAACUGGGUCGUGAAGUGGGUUACUAUCUGAUGGAUUACUUUAUUCCUUCGAUGAUGAUCGUCGCUAUGUCAUGGGUCACAUUUUGGCUGCAAGCAGACGCAUCGGCACCUAGAAUAACACUAGGUACAAGCACGAUGUUAUCGUUCAUCACAUUGGCGUCCUCCCAGGCGAAAACGUUACCAAAGGUGUCCUACAUCAAAGCCAGUGAGAUCUGGUUCCUGGGUUGCAUUGGCUUUAUCUUCUCUGCAUUAGUCGAAUUCGCUUUCGUCAACACUAUUUGGCGUAGAAAGAAAGCGGUUAGUCUGAAGAAGGUGAACAGUAAAUACAUAUUGAAGAGCACGCUGACACCGCGGCUGGCUCGCAAGGAGCUGCAGAAAGAGUUGCAGGAGUCGUCGCCGCAGCUCAGCAAGUCACGGUCAUGUUCCUCGCUCAACCAGGAGACCAGUACCGACCCAGCAGGACCUGGAUACAACAACUACCUUACCGUACACAGCUUCCCAUCUGCAAUGAACCUACCGACCAUCACGACACAGAGCUUCGACGACCUAAUUGGGCAGGGAGGCAAACAGCAGAGAGGCAAUGGCAGCGAAGGUUCAGACGAGCCUCCGAAACACAACUGGACCACCAUGACCCCCCAGGAGAUCGCCACAUGGAUCGACAAACGUUCCCGAAUCAUGUUCCCACUCUUAUUCAUCGUCUUCAAUAUUUUGUACUGGACUUUUGUUUACUGCCUAUAACAGCUCAAAUAUCUCACGUUUCCAUGUGUAGCUAGUUUCGGACGAUAAUUUUAAAAGCAACUUACGGUCGUCCCCAAUGAACAGACCAUUUUUUGAGCUUUAUAGUAAAAAUUAAAUAGUUUUACAAAACUUUAGUGGCCAUAAUAUUAUUUGACGAUCAAAUUAAGAGUAAUUCUACUUCGUUAUUUGCCAAUCCGCGGAACUUGCCUUAAUGUUCUAGGUACGCGAGGUUGUAUCGAAUCGAGUCAUAAAAUAAAAUACUUUUGUACUAUCCUUUUGUAACACGCGAAUGUGAUAUCUUCAUGAAGUUAGUUAAACGAACAUAUCGCAAGGAAGUAUUUACAAUAAAUUAAAUUAUUUAUUUAUGUAAUUUCUAUUUAUCUAGAUAUCUAGUUUAAAUACGCGACCCCAUUCCGAUGUGUAGUGGUAAUUAGUGGGUCAUCGCAUAGUUUUUGUAUUAUUUUGAGUGUGUGAUAACAGUAUUGUGUUGAUUGGUAAUUCCAAAACAUGGGACCAAUUAGAGAUUUAAUAAGUAGGUACUUAAGAUAAUUUUGAUGUGCUAUAUAAAUGUCACAAAGCGUAUAAUCGAUCGCAUUUAUUUGUAAAUCAUAUUUCAAAUGAGAUUAGUCGAUUUUAGUCAAAUGAAACUAUACGUUACAUAUUAUAUUAUUAAAUUAGUUAAGUUGCAAUGUUAUCUUUAAUCUUGUACGUUUUUAUUUAAGGUUUCAUAACCACGAUUAUACUAUAAUCUUAGUUACCUACUAUUGUUACCUAAUCUUGUAUACUAGUUAAAGAUUGGAAGCUAAAUUAGUGUCUACUUACAUAUAAGUAGUAAAUUAGGUCUAGGCACCUACUAUAUAAAUUAAAUUAUUUGUAACUUAUUGUUAUUUAAAGGUCGAGUUGUUAUUGACUAAGUUUGAAUUGUUAGAAAAAUCACGAUGUAUAUAAAGCAUUGAAUAGUGCCUUCAAGAGAUUAUUUUAGGUAGUAUUAUAAGAAACUUGUCUGUGUAUUAGAUAAGUAAUGUUUGUAAUCUCAAUGAUAUAAACUCGAAUCACCAUUAUCGUGUUAUUGCUUAGUUGCAUUAUGUGUAAUGCUUAUUUUCCCUGACAAGGUAAACGCCGAUGGCUGUUUACUUAUUAUUCAUCCGCCGUGCCGUCUGUUGCUAUUCUCAGGACAUCACCCUCGACAAGAUGUUCGCACACGUGGAUGUAUUUUCCUGUAUUACUAUCCAAGAUAAUCUAGUACACAUACUUCUGAUGACGUAUGCAGAUACUACUAACAUUGUAUGUUGGCGUAGUGGAACAUGUGACGACGGGAUGAUUUCUUUCCAGUGUGGAUAAGUUGCAGUAACUACGUAGGUAGGUAGUGUUUAAAGAUUCAAUUUUGUAAAAUCCUUUAAGCUGUGACUUUCCUGUGAGCUUCGUCAUACUAUACCGGUGCAAACUGAAUCAUACAAGACUUUAUCUGUAACUAGGAAUGGUGAAUGAGUCUGCAUUGCAGUGCAGUACUGCAAUAUUUUUACUAUUGCGCCAUAUAACAAAACAAUGUUUGGUUUUCCAAAGUAUCAUGAAUGAAAUUGUUAGAAUUAUUUGCUACGCUCCCGAAUUAAAACCAGGAUAAGUCUAUUAUUUUCAAUAGUAUACAUUCACCAAUAUCAUUGUACUGGUUGCCUUAUUUACAUUUGUG